AUGCUUCACUUCGUUGACUCCGACGAUGAUCGGACUCCCCGUGCUUCUACAUUUGCCCCUAGCAGCCAGCGAUUGAAUUACUCCCCUGCUGCCAGUGUCGAAUUGGGUUUGGCCCCAUAUCCACCCCCCAGUCGUGAUCUACCUCCCGUGUCCACCCUCCCGGACUCGGUUAAUGUGGCGCGUCUGUUCCCACCGUUUGAGGGCUGUGAUGUUGUUCUACUGGCCACCAAAACUCUCCCCCACCUCGCGUUUUACGUAGAUCGCAAAACUAUAUACACCCGAUGUGCCUACCUCAAACGCAAUAUUUCUGAACUGGGUUUUACCCCUGCCGGUGUCGAUGUUAUAUAUUGGGAGGAAGACGCGGAUACUCUGGAUGCGAUGCUCCGAUUCGUGUACCCUGAUCGACCCAAGCCAAAAGUCGAAAGUGUACCUCACUUGCGGUUUUUGCUUGAGACUGCGAGGAGUUAUGGCAUUGGGACGGCAACGCAUGUACUCUGUACCACUGUGCUUCUCGACUUUGCGACAAAGGAUCCCCUUUCUGUAUUUGCCAUUGCGUGCGAAUUCGGUCUGACCAACGAGGCUGCGUUAAUCUCGAAGGAGACUUUGAAAGUCGAUUUCAUGAUGGACCAGAAGAGCUCUGAGUUGGGUCGUGUGAGCCUCAGCUAUUACCACCGACUACAUCGCCUACAUAGAUUGCGUGCAGCAAAAGCGAUUGAUAUCAUAAACCUCAUUAACACAGAGAAUCCCAUGGACGAACCUGACCCUCCUUAUUGCGAAGGCUGUGGUACGAACGCUAUCUGGUGGCAAAUCUUCGUUGAAUACGCAGGUAUCGAACUGAAGCGCCGACCUGUGACAGACACAAUAUUUUCAACGGCAUUCCUCGCUAGAUGUGUACGGUCCUCCCGCGGUAUCUGUGGAAAAUGCAUCGAUAGCUAUAUGCACGCUCAUAGCCAAAGUCUUUUGACUCGUUUGAAGGAAGAUAUUGAUGCUCUUCCAGCCUAUAUCUCCGCCUGA